AUGCCUAUUUGCUGCUCAGACUUUGAAAAAUUGGUCAAAUUUACUCGAACUGAGUUUUUUGUGUUAGACCUAAAAUAUCAAUUUCAUAGUUUUCAACUGAAUUGAUUCUAUUAUUUCUUGUUGAAUUCAAAAUCGGAACGAUUAAAACUGCACACAAACUCUUUCAAUUUUUUUCGGGCACUAUCUAGAUCUAAGCUUAAUAGUUCUUCAAAUGGAGUUCGAUUUAUUUUUGGUAUUUUUUUUAUUGAGUCAAUCUUUCUAAUUAAAUAA